GACUUUGGCGACACUAUUUGACGUAAACGGCAUUCAAGCAGCAUGGCCACGUUAUUUUGCGAAUUAAACGAAUGAAUAAAGUUUAAAAGAAGGCGACACAUAUAUAAUUAUGAAAAUUUCAUAGGUAUAUAAAUGUCAUACAUAUAAUCGAUACUUUAGAUACUUUUCCCCAUAUUAGUUAUUUACGGAUAUUAGCUAAACCUGAUCCGAACCCGAGCAAGCAUGGCCGACGUCGAAAAUGAAAUCGGACAAAUUGAUGGUGAAAAUGAGAAGUUAGAGCAAGAAAAAGAAAACGACAAUGAGACUGUCAAUGAUUUAGACGCGAGCGAGGCACCAAAAAAGAAAAAGAAGAAAAAGAAAAAGAAGAAGAAUGAAAUAGGAGGCGACGGGGACACAGGUGCUGUUAAUGACAUCACAGAUUCCUUAGAGAAACAGAGUGUCAGUGAUGCACAAGGAGAAGUUGGUGAGGAAGGGUGUGGGGAUGAACAGAAGAAAAAGAAAAAGAAGAAAAAGAACAAUGGACAGAAACAACAGACCAAUCCUCCCUCCAUACCGAUAUCAGAGCUGUUUCCCGGUGGAAACUUUCCCGAAGGGGAGAUAAUGGAGUACCCAGCAGUUCAAGAUAGCACCACAGCAAAGGACAGAAUGACAAAUGAGGAAAAGAGAGCCUUGGACCGGGCCAACAGCUACAUAUACCAAGAGAUCAGGCAAGCUGCGGAGGCCCACAGGCAGACAAGAAAAUACAUGAAGGAAUACAUUAAACCAGGAAAGACGAUGAUUGAUAUUUGCGAGACACUGGAAUCUACAGCCAGAAAAUUGAUCAAUGAGAAGGGAUUGGAGGCGGGACUGGCCUUCCCCACAGGCUGCUCACUAAACCACUGUGCUGCUCACUACACACCAAAUGCUGGAGAUCCCACAGUGCUAGGGGUGGAUGACGUCUGUAAAAUUGACUUUGGGACACACAUUAAUGGAAGAAUCAUUGACUGUGCUUUCACCGUGGCUUUCAAUCCCAAGUAUGACAGACUACUCCAAGCUGUCAAAGAUGCCACAAACACUGGCAUCAAGGAAGCAGGUAUUGAUGUCAGAUUAUGUGAUAUUGGGGAAAGGAUCCAAGAAGUGAUGGAGUCGUAUGAGGUGGAACUGGACGGUAAAACAUAUCGAGUCAAGUCCAUACGCAAUCUCAAUGGUCACUCUAUCGGUCCCUACAGAAUUCACGCAGGGAAGACCGUUCCCAUCGUAAAAGGAGGAGAAGCAACAAAAAUGGAGGAAAUGGAGUUUUAUGCUAUCGAGACCUUUGGUAGUACAGGGAAAGGGGUUGUCCAUGAUGAUAUGGAAACCUCCCAUUAUAUGAAGAAUUUUGAAGUUGGGCAUGUGCCAUUGAGGGUACAGAAAUCAAAACAGCUGCUGAAUGUGAUAAACCAGAACUUCAGCACUUUAGCCUUCUGUCGGCGGUGGCUUGAUCGCUUAGGGCAGACUAAAUACCUCAUAGCACUCAAAAAUCUGUGUGACGUUGGCAUCCUAGAUCCCUACCCCCCGCUGUGUGACUCAAAAGGCUGCUACACAGCCCAGUUUGAACACACGAUACUGCUAAGGCCAACAUGCAAGGAAGUGAUAAGUCGAGGAGAGGACUAUUGAAGACGAGAAACAAAAUAUCAAAUAAUACAUUUACUGAUGUCAGGUCUUUAAAAAAAGCAUUGAAAUACAUUUAGUUAAGAAAUAUAUCACUCGUUCUGCUUUGUACGUUCUUGAAAUGGUCAGGAAAUAUUGUUUGUUCAGAAUUUUCAGUAUUUUUUCAAUAAUUUCAAUUUGUGAUGUUUCAUAAAAGGAUGAUCACUGAAUGAUAUUAUUUUUAUUUUUUUCAAAAAGUCUUUUGUUGAAGAAGAGAGAUGAUAAAGAAGCUGAAAUUAAAGAGUAAAACAUUCAUGUAAAUGUGAUUUCACGUAAAGAUACUUAUAUUAAUGGUGUAUGAAAAAAGAUGAAUACAUUUUACAAUUUUGCUUAUUGUUGUUCUUUGUUUUUGUUUAAAACUUGCUUCCUACUUGCUUAAUUUCUUCCGGUGUGAUUUAAUUGUAUAAAAACUUUCCUUUUAACGGGUAUAUAUAUUAUAUACUAUAAUUUAAUCGAUACAGGGUUUAACAACAAAAGCAGUCUCUUGAAUUUGAACAAUAACUUCAGACAUUUAAGGUAGAGUCCAGGUAAAUUAUAUUGAUUAGAUAUGCUUUAAAAAUACAAGUCAUUUGAUAUCCUUGAAAAUAAAAUUCAAUUGUACUAAAAUGAAGGAAUGGUUGCCUAAUUGCUUACCAUCAAAACUUGCAGCACGAAUUUUAUGGUGUCCAGAAGUUGCCAUCUAAUAUUUUCUAGUACUCUUUGUUUUUUUAUUGGCAAUUGAGACCAAAGUUUAUUUUCUCAAAUGCAUUUACUUUCAUUUUUGUGCAGGGAUUUAAAAUUCAUGUACAUGUACUAGCAACUAGGAUGUGACAGUUCUGAUUCAAAAUGCAGAAUGUUCAACAUUUUGAAUUGUAACAUGACAGUGGAAAGUAUCAAGACGAGAUGCUUGCUAUUUUUCAAAUGCUAAAUAACAAAACCAAUUCAAGUACAGUCAACAUAAGGGCAAAACAUUGCAUGUAGCAAGGUAAAUACAGUAGAAAAAGUAAAUAGUAUAAAUUUAAAUGAUAUAAAAUGAUAACCAUGUAACCUGAACAUCUUCACACCAGCAUGUUUUUCAUAGAGUGCUAAUGCGUUCCAUUCAAUAUGCCGAUGUGAAGAGUCUGAAGGUAUCGUAUAGCGGGUUUUUUCCACAGGUGUAGAAUUUGGCGAUUUGCUGUCUCAAAGGUAUGCUAAUGCGGAUUAAAGUAUGAACAAGGAAGAGUUAUCUCUCUUGGAAAUACUGAAGUCGCAAUUUGGUGCAUAUUUGGCGAGAGAAAUUUUAGCGGAAAGCUAUCCAACCGCUAAAAUAAGCCAAAUUUUUCACCUCACGGAAAACCCCCGCUAUACCGUAUAUCCUUUCAUAUCUUCAUUAGAGUCUGCUUUCAACACGAACUCCAUUAAUUUAUGAUGAGUGCUGAGGUAUUUCUAUCGUGGAUAUUUGUCAGGACUCGCCUCCCCUGACGUGAACUUAUAUUGCAUAAUACAUGUGUACAGGAGAAAUAUUUGUGUCAGAUCUAAUUUGUAAAAUAAAGUUUUUGAUUAACUCUGAA